AUGAAAGAAAUUGUUGUGAUACAGGGAAAUGAAAAUUUUGUUGAUUCAGGAAAAUUAUUUGAAUUAGAAAUUGAUAGUGAAGAAUUUGAGAAAGUUGAAAGUUUAAAUAAAAGAUUUUUUAAAAUAGAAAAAUUAUUAGAAAGUUUAACUGAAAAAUUAUUUGUGGAGUUUGAUGGAGGAAUUUUGAGUCAAAUUGGAUAUACUGAUAAAGAUACAUUUAUUGAGGAUUUGAAAAAUGAAAUGAUUAUUUUUAUUAAAGAUUAUGACAUGCAAAGUAAUUAUUUUUUAUUUUAA